AUGGCUUUGACGAAUGUGCUACUACUGAGCCAGAUAGCUGGCUAUGUAAUUGGCCUAAUUCUCUCGCUUUGUAUUAUAGUACCUAUGAGUAUGCAUCAGGAUGAAUUCAGUGGUCACUGCCUUCUCUUCUCUAAAGGUACAUGGCAAGAAGAGGAUGGUCAGUUACUUGUGAUGUGGGCCUCCCGUGCGUAUUGCCACUAUGUCAUUGUUGUUGGUGUGCUGAUGUUUAUUGUAUGUUGUGUACAAAUAUACAGGCUAUCAAUGUUCAUGUACCGUGGCACAGAUAGUUCAUUUCUAUCAGCAUUUAUAGAAGCAGUAGGAUGUGCACUCCUGUGUGCCCUUGCAGUGUCUGCGGCUGCACUGGUCACCUUGGGCUUCAUGACCUGGUGUCAGAAUAUUGUUGAGCGUUUUCCAAGCUGUGAGGAUGCGACUGGACAAGAUAUUGAUAAAAAGGAUAACAUAUCCACACAUGGCUUCUACAUAGAGCUUGGCACUGCUCAAUUUGGCGCGUGGGGUGCCUUCGCCACUUGGGUGGGCCUGGCGGUGUUCUCAACGCUGAAGGUGUUGUUGAUAAGAUGUAAA